CUUAAGCAGCACCAUAAUAAAUCAAUGUACGUGAAACAGUUUCCUAGUUAUAAAUAAGUCGUUUUAAUAGGUCAAACGCCUUGAAUAACUUUAAUGCCGAGAAGUCUUCAGUCCGCGUUUCAGCGUCGUCGCGUGCAGAAUACACAUGCGUCCGUCGUUCUAAAAGAAAUCGUGAAAAUAUUAAAACCACACCUGGCAUCAUUGGAGAGUGAAAUGCAGCCGACUAAUGGCAAUUCAGAAAAAAAUGGGGACGGGGACGCGGGAAAAAGUGUAAAUCAAAACGGUGGUUCAGAAAAUAUUAGCGGUUUUAACCCAAAAGUUGCUGCUAAAGUUAAAAAAGCAAGAAGUUUUAUGGAGAUGACCUUAACUACGAAUCCUGUUAAAAGUCUUAGGAGGAAUGAUAGAAGAGUUCUAGUUAUUUACACUGGCGGUACUAUUGGAAUGGUUAAAAACAGAGAUGGCGUUCUAAUACCACAAAAGGCAGCUUUUGAAAACCUGAUCCGAGGAUAUCCGCAGCUUCACGACCAUGCCUUCUGGAGAAGCAGGUUGUCCGAACAGGGAUUCGACACGUCCUGCCUUGUCUUACCACAGGUCAAAGAUCAGGACUCUCGGAUAUUCUACAAAAUACUGGAGUACGACACACUCUUGGAUUCCUCUAACAUGACAGAAGCCCAAUGGAUACAAAUAGCAGAAAGCGUUAUGAAAUACUAUGAAGAGUACGAUGGAUUCAUAGUACUGCACGGCACGGACACUAUGUCCUAUACGGCAUCAGCUUUGUCAUUCAUGUUCGAGAACAUUGGCAAAUGUGUUGUCAUUACCGGCUCUCAGAUACCGAUCUUCGAGCCCCGUAGCGACGGUUCUGACAACUUCGUCUCGUCGUUGCUCAUCGCUGGCUGCUUGAACAUACCAGAAGUCACCGUGUUCUUCGGGGGCAAACUCUUCAGAGGGAACAGAGUCCGCAAGAUCUCAGCCUACAAUCUCUUUGCCUUCGACUCUCCCAACUGUCCUCCUCUGGUCGAGGUUGGGAUCGACAUAGAGUUCAACAAAAAGGCUGUGUUUAAGCCAACAACUAUAGAGAGGUGCCAAUUGCACGCCAAACUGUGCAGGAAUGUGGGACUGCUGAGGAUAUUUCCUAGCAUCAGCUCUUCGGUCAUCAAAGCGUUCUGUCAGCCUCCUAUUGAGGGCGUAGUAAUAGAAAGCUAUGGAGCUGGCAAUAUUCCUUCAAACCGUCAAGACCUAUUCAAGGAAAUACAGGAUGCAGUUAAACGCGGUGUGAUCUUCGUCAACAUAACCCAGUGCACCACGGGUUCGGUGGCCUCACCCCUCUAUGAGACUGGCAGGCUCUUAGCGUCUUGCGGAGUUGUGUCCGGCUACGACAUGACGCCUGAAGCAGCUCUUACCAAGUUAUCCUACGUGCUAUCUAAGACUGAACUUACUUAUAAGGAGAAAACUGAGCUGAUGUCGACCAAUAUACGGGGUGAAUUGACCAACACGUCAUCAAUAGCCAUUGAGGACAGCACUCUAGUGGACGCUCUGGCUGCGAGUCUAAACAUCCAGUCACCCAAGAAGCUAAUAGAAGUGACGGAGAAAGUAUUCAAUUCCCUUCUCCUAUAUGCUAUAGAACACGAUGAUCUUAUAGCUGUCAAGAAGAUGCUGGAAAUGGGGGCAGACGUGAACGCGCAAAACUCGGAAGGCAGGAGUCCUCUGCACGAGGCCAUUCUAAAAGGAAAGCAUACUAUAGUCGAAUACCUGUUAAGGAACGGUGCUAAUGUGCACUUAAAGACGAGAUGCGGUGAAUCCCCGCUAAUAACGGCAAUCCAAUGCGACGACUUGGGCCUCAUAGAGCUUCUCCAACAAUGCGGUGCCCAUCUGUCAAGUGUGGACCAUAAGUCCGUCUCCGAGCUGCUGUCUCUAGCAGCUAGAACUGGGGCGGUCAGCAAGAUUGAGGCUCUGAGGAAGGCGGGCGCGGAUCUGAAUAAUGUGGAUGAGCUGAAGCAGACGCCGCUGCAUAAGGCGGUUCUCUGCAACUUCCCCGUGAUGGUGUCGUACCUGAUGCAGCAUGGCGUUGACUCGAGCCUCCAGGACCUGCUCGGCCAUACGGCUCUGGACUACGCCGUCAAGUUGAACCGGAACGAUAUCGUUGAUGUGUUGAAUAAACCUGUGUGAAAUGCUCUGCAA